CUAUUUGCUCAUAUGAUAUGAAAAGUCCUAUUUUUUACAUUAAAUGUGAAUUUAAUCGUUUUAUUUUUAUUGUAAUUUUUAUUAAAUUCGAUAAUGUCGUCUGACGCGAAGUCACCAAAUACUAUAUUUGGAUAUGAAAAGAAGAUAUAUACUGGCCGAAAUCCUAUUGAAAAUGUAUUUGAAACUGUCAAAGGCAUACUAGUCGGUCCAGUCAUUUGGUUUAGGGAAAAUAUUGUUGUACCAAAUCAAAAACAAUAUAAUUAUUACCACGAACAGUUUAGAAGAGUGCCAACCGUUGAUCAGUGUUAUGAUGAUGAUAGAUUAUGUAAAUGGGAAGCUAAUCAGCAAUUAAUCAGGGAUAAGUUAGUAGAUAGCAAUAUUUUAUCUAUUUUAAGACAACGCUAUGAAGAUUGUCGUAUAUAUGAAGGUCCCGAUGGAAUGAGGAAGUGUCAACCAUUAUUUGAUAUGUAUGAAAAAGCAGAAGAAAACUAUUCUAUUAAAUAUGGUGAUUUAGGUGCAGCUGUUACUGCUGAAAGAUGUUAUGCUAAACAGUUAAACAGAAUGAUAUGGGAAAGACGCCAUGGCCCUGUUGGUAGUGGAAUGAAAAAUGAGAGUUUAUAAUUACUUUACAGUAAUAUAAUUUUUUAGUAAAAUUAUGUUAUGUAUUUGUGAAUGUAAUUUUAUAUAGAAAAAUGUCUUUAACUUUUUGGAAAAAUGUUGAAUAAAUUGUCAAGAUAACACAUAUUAAUAAAUAGAUUAGUA